AUGAGGUCAAAUUCACGCCAACAGGAGCUCCCUGAGCACUUCUACAUCCCCAUCCCUCUGGAAACGAACAACAUCACGGCACUCAGCCCCUUCCUGGUGCCUCAGGACCACCUGGGCAGCUCGGGCAUCUACAUGGCCAUGGCCGUCUUCAUGUUCUUCCUCUUUGUCGCCGGCACGUCCAUCAACGUGCUCACCGUCGUGUGCACCAUCCAGUACAAGAAGCUGCGGUCCCACCUCAACUACAUCCUCGUCAACCUGGCUGUCGCCAACCUGCUGGUGUCCACCAUCGGCUCCUUCACCGCCUUCUACUCCUUCUCCAACAGAUACUUCGUGUUCGGACCACUUGCGUGUGAGAUCGAGGGCUUUGUGGCCACACUGGGAGGCAUGGUAAGUUUGUGGUCUCUUGCCGUGGUGGCCUUCGAAAGGUACCUGGUUAUUUGCAAGCCGGUUGGAAACUUCUCCUUCAAGGGCACCCAUGCAAUUGUUGGCUGUGCAGUCACUUGGAUCUUUGCGCUGAUCGCCUCUGCGCCCCCUUUGUUCGGAUGGAGUCGGUACAUCCCUGAAGGCCUGCAGUGCUCUUGUGGACCUGAUUGGUAUACCACAGACAACAAGUACAACAAUGAGUCCUACGUCAUGUUCCUCUUCAUCUUCUGCUUCGGUUUCCCAUUCACUGUUAUAAUCUUCUGCUACAGCCAGCUUCUCUUCACGCUAAAAUCUGCUGCUAAGGCACAGGAGCAGUCAGCCUCCACCCAGAAGGCCGAGAGGGAAGUGACUAAGAUGGUGGUGGUGAUGGUACUUGGCUUCUUGGUGUGCUGGCUGCCGUACACAUCCUUUGCCUUGUGGGUGGUGUUCAACCGCGGUGAGCCGUUUGACCUGCGGCUGGCCAGCAUCCCCUCCUGCUUCUCCAAGGCCUCCACAGUUUACAACCCCAUCAUUUACGUCUUCAUGAAUAAGCAGUUCCGCUCCUGCAUGAUGAAGAUGAUCUUCUGUGGCAAAAGCCCAUUUGGAGAUGAUGAAGAGACCUCCUCACAGGUCACCCAGGUGUCCUCCGUCUCCACCAGUCAAGUGUCACCUUCAUAA